AUGACCCCAGACUCAGGCAUAUCCGUCACACUGUACCGUCCGUCCGGAAAUCUACAGUUUUCCCAGCAGGAUGGUCUCUACUUCCAACUCUUCCGCUCGCACACUGCCAGUGAGCUUUCCGGAUAUUUCGACUCGGUUUUCUGGAGCCGGACCGUCCUGCAGGAGUGUCACUCGGAGAAUGCUAUUCGCCACGCCGUGGUUGCGCUGGGAGCGCUCUACAAGACCCUAGAACAAUCAUGCGAGUCACCGCCGGGAUCACCGUCCGAUUCGCUCAGUCCCUCCGAUGGAGCGUACCGCCACUGGGAAGUCGCAGUAAAGCAAUACUCCGAGGCCAUCAAUUCUCUUGUCCAUUUGAAUCGCGAUCAAAAGUCGCACCGCACCUUGCUCAUGGCCAGUGUGCUCCUGGCUUGCUUCGACUCCUUUAUCGGCGAUCACCGACAAGCAAUCAGACAGAUCCAAACCGGCCUCGGCUUAUUGGAGAAGCUUCGAGCCGAGAGAAGAAGAUCGUUUUUGUCUGCAUCUGAGGAACCGGUCGAAGAGGAGCUUAUCACCAUGUUCACCAGGCUUGCCAUCCAAGCGAAAUCGUACGACAUGGCUUUCCACUUUCCUCAACCUUACGUGAUUCGACUCACUCCACAAAACCCCGAGUUCCCCCAGUCACCGCCCUCGGACGCUGGGAGCUCACCUUCAUCUAUGAGCUCAGGAUCGAUGCCGGACCAGUUCUUCAGCUUGAUGGAGGCGCGAAGUGCUUGGGACAAGCUCCUUGAGAAGAUGCUCCGAUUUAACGAAACGCUGUUCAACUACCAGCAUUCCACCGGAGCAAACGGUCCCAUGGGCAUUCUUCCUAAGUCGCUGAAGCAGUACGGAAUGGGUUUCAAGGCUCAGCUCGACGCCUGGUCCGAGGCUUUUGAGUACCUACUCGAGUCUCGCACGGCCCCGGGUGUCAGCGAUCAUGAGAAAGCUGGGAUUGCCGUCUUAAAGAUGUUCCAAAUCAUGAGCCAGAUCUUAUAUCUCAUGACAUACAGUGACAACGAGUCGCAGUUCGACUUCUUUCAGCCCCAUUUCAAGGCGAUUGUCGACCUCGCAUCUGAGGUGGUGGGAGACGAAGAAAGACGUGCAGCGGCCAAGAGAUGCCCUGACCCAGCUCUCUGCCCUCACAGACACAACCACACGCCGGACAUAUUUGGCGGCAACGCGUAUAACACUUAUCACAUCAAGCCCAGCUUCAGCGCCGACCUCGGUAUCGUCCCGCCUCUAUUUGUGGUUGCUACCAAGUGCCGUCAUCCGAUCAUUCGACGACAAGCUAUCCAGCUUUUGAGCAGUAGUGCUAGGAGAGAGGGUAUGUGGGAUAGCGAGCUGACAGCCCGCAUCGGACAAUGGGUCGUGAACAUUGAGGAAGAUGGGGAGAAGAUCCCAUCACCAUCGCCAAGGAUGAGUCAACCGAAUGGCAGUGCCCGGCAAGGCUCGGUCGAUUUCGCGGAGGACGUUCCCCUUGGGCCUGGCGGUAAUGCUCGUUGGGACGCCAGGAGGGAUAGCGCCCUGCCCGGCCUUAUCAAGUCGAAGCGGUCCAUUCCGGAGGAGAGGCGUGUCAUGGUUCGCGCCGUCGACUUUGAUCUGAGGGCGAGGUUCGCGAACCUAAUGGUUGGCACUCGAGGCAUCAUCACCGGAGCACCAGACUUGCGGUCUCAAGCGACGAAGUUGACGUGGUGA